AUGGUGUUCAAUAUCGUGCCUACCAUCAUUGACAUUUUUGUGGGCGUCGGCUACUUUGUCGUGUUGUAUAAUGCCUGGUACGGCACCUUGGUAUUCGCGACCAUGGCUGUUUAUGUCGGUGCUACUGUACUUGUUACCGAGUGGCGCACAAAACUCCGACGCGAAAUGAACAAACUGGAUAAUCAAAAGAGCUCGAAGGCCGUUGACGCUCUGUUGAAUUUCGAGACGGUAAAAUAUUUUAACGCUGAGCAAUAUGAAGCCAAGCUAUUCAAAGAAGCUUUCAUCGAUUAUCAACGUGCGGAAUGGCGUACCACCGCUUCCCUGAAUCUCCUGAAUACCAUCCAAAACGCAGUUAUCAUUACGGGCCUGUUGAUCGGCACAUUGCUGUGUUCACGCGAUGUCGUACUAGGUCGACUAACAGUUGGCGACUUCGUACUUUUCUACACCUAUCUGCUACAGCUCUACGCCCCUCUAGGGUUCUUCGGCACUUAUUACAGGAUGUUGCAAACCAGUAUGACUGAUAUGGAGAACAUGUUUGAACUGAUGGAGCUCAAAGCCCAAGUGAUCGACGUUCCGAAUGCCCAAACCUUGCAAGUGCAUGGGGGCGAAGUCGAAUUCAGAAAUGUCUGUUUCUGCUAUUCGGAAGAGUGA